GUGGCAUCGUUCUCGCCUGCCAGUGAUCAGGAAGCGCAGACGUUAAACGGUGCGAAUCAUGGACCAUCAUACGAUGUGAAAUGUCAACGGUGCCUAGUCUGAAGUUGCCUUAGUCCAGGACACAGCAGACCAGGAUGGCUCUAAUAGAGGGGGUGGGUGAUGAGGUCACCCUGCUCUUUGGAGUGGUGUUCCUGGUGCUCGUCCUGGUUCUGGCCUGGGCCUCCACUCACACUGUUGAACCCCCUGAACACCUCCUCUCACCCAGCCCAGGGACCUCACCCUCCACAGAGACUGACAGCCAGGAGCCGCUUCCUACGGGAAACACGGACUCAUCGCAUGGCGGAGUCAGGGAUGAGGAUGAUAAGAGUGAGCCUGGAACAGAAGCGGGAGCUGCAGGACAGUCAUCUGAUGGUAGUAGGGCAGGUGGAGGUGAUGGAGGCCUCCUGGAUGACGCAGGGAUUGGGAGUGACGGGUUGAGGCAUCGAGAAUCAGCAGGUCCCUCGACUCAUCCUCCAGAAAGCACCCCAAGUGCCACACAACCUUCAGCCGAAAAUGCAGCAAGUGACACCCACAGAAACAUGGUGCUCAGGCUGAAGUUCUUGAAUGAUACGGAGAGGACAGCGCAGGUCAAUCCUCAAGACACCAUUGGCUAUAUUAAACGGACUUACUUUGCUGGACAGGAGCACCAGGUGCGUCUGAUAUACCAGGGCCAGCUCCUUCAGGAUGACGCUCAGACGCUGGCCUCUCUCAACCUGGCCGACAACAGUGUUUUGCACUGCCACAUCUCCCAGCAUGCCACACGGGCCAUGCCUGCCGGGGCACGGGCUGCUGACCAGGUGCAUGUGGCGCUCAAUGUGGGGAGCCUCAUGGUGCCUCUGUUCGUGCUCAUGCUGUCUGUGCUCUGGUACUUCCAGAUUCAGUACCGGCAGUUCUUCACCGCACCUGCCACUGCCUCACUGGUGGGCAUCACCAUCUUCUUUAGUUUUGUUGCGUUUGGGGUGUACCGUCGCUGAUGACUGGUUCUGUCCACUCAUAUUCACCAUACACGUGUUUGCACGCAUAUGGAAACACAUUCGUUGCACUUACUCACUUAUCAGUGCCAGUGGCAAUGUCUUCUGGGAUUUCUGGACUUUUCAGGUUCGCUGAAGGCUGUGAUUUUGGAGGAACAUCUCUGAGGUCAUCUAUCUCUCUCUCUCUUUUUUUGGUUUGUUAUUGCGGUUUUCUUUUGUUUGCCAUUUUUCAUCUGCACCAAGUUUCUGCUUGUCACAGAUAGGAUUAUGCUAUAUAUUUGAUUUUUAAAAAAGAAGACUAGAGAUGCUUAUUGUGCCUGUCCUCCUUUUUUCUUUCCCCCUCCCCUAUUUUUUUAAUUGUGUGCAUGCUGCCAGUGUAAAACUGGGGCUUGCUUGUAAGAGGGUGUAUGAAUUGAUGGUGUUCGAGUUUCAAACAGGGGCUCGUCUGGCUGUCUGCCGGACUCCAGCUGUAGUAAAGCAGGUCGGGUUGAGCUGCUGUUAUUCGUUGGGACAAUUACAAUAAUUUGUGUACAAUAAGGCUUUUGGAGAUAUAAUCUAUUAAAUCAUUCUUUUAUUUA